CGCUAGGUAGUGUGUGAACCAGAGUGGUUCAAUACAUAGUGCGGUGGUGAAUAGCAUUAUUUGCAUUAACUUGUGUUUAAACAUAUUUCCAUUAGUUGAUUACCGCGGCUCGCGAAUUAGUGUAAAUUAAAAGUGAUAUACAGUGCUUCCCUUAUUUUCCUAACAGUUUGUGAGUUGAAAAAUUUAAUAUUAAUAUUCGUGCAAUUUUAUCACCCACAUUUUUUUUGACCAUUUUCAAUGAUACAAUCUAUUCUUUCAAAACUAAUUGUUAAUAGCCUAAUCAGACUAGAAUGCAUAUUAUAAUCAUCAGAACUAGAAAGACAAUUUGAUCAAGUCAGAUUUAUCCCAAAAACAAAAUUGUGCAAUUCAUGUCAUAAAACCUAAGGAUUCGAAGGUAGUGAAAACAGCUCAAGUGUGUUAAAACAAGAUUAAGUGGUGCAUAAUUUGAACAAUAUUCAAGGAAACAGAUUAUCAUAUGAAAGAAAACUCUCGCAUUCAUUUUGACAGAAUCUUCAACUAGUUCUUUGAAUACCACCUCACCAGGAAAAAAUUGUGAAAUUGGAUACCUGUGAUACAUUCUUCUCAACUAAACAACAACAAUCUUCAGCCACAAGUUGAUCAAUAUUGUAAAUGCUCGCUAAUUGAGGCAAAGCUAAUCUCAUCCUCAAGUGCGGCUAGAAAGAGCAAGUACUGUUGAUAAGGAGCUUUUUAACUGCAGUUCUGAGAGGAAGACACACCAAUGAAAUCUUGAAAUUCGAGAUAAUAAUAAUUUGAGAUCUGGAAAUUCAACAUACUGCAGUGUAGCACUACAAUCCAGCUUUCUACAAAACAUCUGAGAUAGAACUCAAUUCUGAGUCUUUGCUAUUCAAACAUCAUUCUGAAAGUGAGAAACUGAUUAAUGUGUUGAAUCCUGAGAUGUUAUCCAUUUCACUACAAUCCUGAAAUCAAGGCUUAGUUUUUCUCUCCCGGUCAGUCCUCUAUUUUGAAAAUAAUGAAUGAAUAAAGCUGAGCAAGCUAAUAUAAGUUGAAGUAGUUGAAAAAUUAGAAAUCUCUCAACUGCAAUUCCAGAGUUAGAACUGUCUAAAUUGUGUGAUUCUGAGAUGCCAUCUACUGCAGCACAAUCAUCCCCAGCCACAACUCUCCAUCUGUUGUCACCAGUUUGCUGAGUCAGCCAGUGAUGACUCAGCACUUUGCAACGGGCGACUACAAUGCAAGCGGCGACGGCUACUCAGCAGCAGCAACAGGUGGCUCGGGCGUUAUGUCCUCCGGGCCGGAUUCAGUUGGACCGGGCAAUGACGUCACCGCUGAAGACCUCGCCGGCAUUUUCGCCAACAGAACCCCGUUUUUGACCGCUGUUCUGGGCGCUGGCAUACCCUACUGCACCCAAUGGACCCAGGUGAACCACGUCUACUUCCAGUUGGCUAACACGUUCUUCUUUCUGUCAUACCUGGCGCCCAAUGGAUUGUAUGGUAUCCUCUACCUGAGGUGUACACUGCUGGUGGGAUGUGCUUUCUUCGCACUGUGGGGUUGGACUGUGUUGUGCUCGUUUGACGCUUUUCUGUGGAAUGCAAACUUUGUUGCCAUCAACUUCAUACAUGUGUGUGUGCUGCUCUACAGACUCAGGCCGAUCAAGUUCACCAGAGAGGUUGAGGAGGUGUACCAAGCACUAUUUAGGCCGCUGAAGGUGACGAGACACCAAUUCAAGAAGGUGCUGGACUGCAUGAAAAUGAUCAGGCAGCUCAAGUACCAGGAGGUCUACGCACAAGAAAAGGUCACCAAAGUAGACAGCCUUUCACUCGUGCUCUCCGGAAAAUUAGUAGUAUCUCAAAACGGGAGAGCACUGCACAUAGUUUUUCCACAUCAGUUCCUCGAUUCACCCGAAUGGUUUGGUGUCUCAACUGAUGAAUACUUCCAGGUCUCAGUUACAGCCAUGGAAGAAUCUAGGAUACUACUCUGGCAUAGAGACAAGUUAAAACUAUCGAUAAUAACCGAUCAAUUCCUUCAGGCUGUGUUCGAUCAUAUUCUCGGCAGAGAUGUGGUCAAAAAAUUGAUGCAGUCGUCAGAGCAAAAAAUGGGCAAAAGCAUUAAGGAUGAUAAACGAAGAAAUUGUAAAAAUUGGAAGAAUCACACACCAAACUCAAGAGAUUGGGUGAGCGAAACAAUGACGGCGGCUAACAGUCAGAACGGCCAUCUUGCCAAUGGAUUGGACGAUGCUGAAGACAAGCCAAUGCUGAUUGUGAAGAAGUCUGGGGAUGGGCCAGGCAUAACUGCACUAAUCAACAGGCAGUUACAAGGCAUCCCUAGGAUAAGGUACUAUUACUGUGCCAACGAUCCGAACGCAUGGAGACUCGGUAGGAUCGAGGAAACAGACCAUGAGACACCCGUUUGACUCCAGGACGACGAUUCAGAAGAAAACUGGACAUAAAACCUCAAAAUUCCGACUUGAAACAAUAAUUUUUGUGCACCAAACUCCUAUCAACCACAAAAACCUGUUUCAAAGCAUCAGCAACUGUGUUCCACAAUCACUAAAUAUUGACUGUCAAAUAGCAGAUGAUAGCCUAAAAUUCGGAAUUGAUUCUAAGGGCAUCUAUUAAAUUAUAAUCGAGAGUCUCGUCUCUCAAUGUUUGGAAUUAUAGGCUUGUUUGUAUAAGACUUAUAUGUAGGCUAUAUAACAAUCAAGAUCUAGCAACUAGUUGAGAAUCAAAUAAAUAUGAAGCAGCUUAUUAAAUUUUAAGACAGAUAAUAGUAUGGAUUUUAAUUGCCUAAUUGAAAUUGAGCCCGGAUUAUUGAGCUAAAUAGAUUAUUUUUUAUCCACAUAAAUUUGAACCAGAUAUAUAAUUUGAGACAAAACAAUACAUUGGUAAAAAUGUAUUUUAAUGAAUUGUGUAUCAUUGAAUCAGUAAAUGGAUAAAUGAAUAAAUAAGGAUUGGAAACGAAUAUAAUUAUUUGAAACAAAGCAUCAAAGUUAAAUUUCUGCGAGAGGUAAACUGGAAACAGUUUCUAAAAAUAAUUGUAAACAGGUAGGCUCUUUGAAUAAUUGUAGUAACUUUAUAGUUGAGGGCAAAUAUUGAAGAUUAAACAUUACUAAACAUUAUCAAAGCCUUUGAGUUGAAAAGGUAGUCCAUGUAAUCCAUGGGCUAAAAGUACUAUAUUGUUAUAGUACUAUACCUGAUGAUAACAGAAAACAGAGAUUUGCAAGUCUUAACCAAAAAUUUUCCCAUUAAAUUACUUUUAAUGAUCUCAAAUAAUAAGAAUACAUAAUCAGUUCAACGUUAAAAUCAUCAAUAAAAGAAUAUUAUGAUAUCUGAGUCAUAUAUUGACUAGAAAACAUAAUUUUUCAAGAAAAAAAUACUUAAAUGGAAAAAUAUAAGGCCUGCUCGUAAAUUCUGUAUUCCAGUAUAAAAAAUAUAAAAUUUGUGCUUCUUAUUUAUUUUUACAAAAAGCACUUCCUACAAUUCUAUGAAGAAACGCAUAUUAUACUCAAAAUGUUUUGCCAAUCUCUUGUAUACUCUUUGCCAAGUUUUCAACUAUUUAAGAUGCAUUCAGUAUUAUCGAGAAAGUAUUAUGUGCUAUAUUUAUUUGCAACUUCUAGUAAUAUCAUAGAUUUUGUUAUAUUUGUAACUUUCAUUUUAUAUGUCAUUACUGCUGUGUCUUAUAACUCUAGAAACAAGUGCUGUGUCUAGUUGAAAAUCAAAUAACUAUGAAUAUUUGAUUAAUAGGUUUUUUAUUUUUAGAUUUUCAAACAAUACCUGUAAAUUAUGUAAAUGUAUUAUGUGUAUAGAAAGUAAGAUGUGUUUAUAGAUGUAAGUGAAUAUAAUGGUCGAUUUUUGUAACAACUAACAUAGUGUAGAUAUGUCUAAAAAGAUUUGGACGGUGUUUGAUGUAUUUCCUAGUGAGAGAAAAUAUUUCCGUUUGUCUCUAGUUAACAAUAAAAUAAUGUAACAUGACAACUCAUAGGAAUUUGAUGAAAAUAUGAGGGGAAUGUUCAAUGAAUUCAUCAAAUUACAUUAAAAUUGUACAUCACAUUUCAAUUUACAUAGGACAACUUAUUUGAAAAAUUGAAUUCAUUCAAAGAAAUGUGAUUUAUUCAAUUUUUGAAAAAGUUGUAUAUGUACUGAAAAUAACACAGUUUAUUAUAACCCUUGAUGUAAUAUCCUGUCCCAUGAUACUGAUAUUUUUUAAGAUGUACGGUAUCUACUACAACAUCCUUGUAACUUAAUUGUUCGUUCUAAAACUGAAGUUCUAUGAAGCUAGUUGUAUCAAUAAAGAAUCAGUACACAAAUACAUAAAUUAAGAAGAGCAGAAAUUGAAUUUAUAUCGAGAAAUGAAAUAUUUCCAAAAGUUUAUUUAAUCAAUGUCAUAUCAGUAUGCACCUUUGUGAAUUGAUUAUUAAAUCAUAUCUUCCAUUAUCCUACAUAUCCCUACACUUCUACAAAACGAACCAAUUCAAUUGAAUAUCAAACACAUAUUCAGCAUAAUCCCACUAAAUUAUCACAUCAAUGGACCCAAUAGAUGUCAUAUUUUUAUAAACCCUGUAGUUUUGAUGGAAUAACUCAAUUUUAAUGUAAUACGUCAUGUGAAACUGUAAUAAAAUUCCAAAAUGUAGACACUCUUUUCAAAAUGAAAACGACUUUGAUCGUGGAGAUUAUUUUUUGAAACUUCACGAGAACCAACAUUGAUUUGGUGAAGAUAUUUCAGGAAGUACUUUUUGAUUUAAUAUAACACUAAAAACUGCAUUUCUUUGUGAAGAGUUGUAAAAUUUUAAAUUUUCAUUAUAAAGCAAUUCAUUGUACUGUUUUGUUGACAAAUUCAUCUUGUCAUUACUUAUUUAUUUCUCAUUCAUAAUCAACUUAAGGACAAAGAAACAGACUACAGUUCAAAACUUCUUUUUAUCCUAAUUUCAUAAAAUAAAUUUUCCAAAUGAAGGUUAUGUGAAACUUUUCAUUUUUUCACUAAUUUCCACACUGAAACAAAACACUACAUACAUUUUCAAUUUUGAAUUUAAAAGCUUAAUAUGGAAGUCCAAAAACACACCAAAAAGAAUUACGUCAUCUAAUACAGUAACACUAUUGGAUUUUGAAUAUGUAGACACUCUUUUCAAGAUGAAAAUGACUUUUAUUAUAAAAAUUAUUUGAAAAUAACACCCCAUUAUUUAUUAUUUAUUUAUUACAUUCCACAAUCACAAUAUCAAGUUAAUGAUUGGGAGAGAAUCAACAGGAUAAACCCAUAACAAUCUAAUGUACAGACUUGUUGACAAAUUCACCUUACCAAUUAACAUAUAUACUCAAUGGGCUACUGUUUUUACCAUUACCAAAAUUACUCAAACUUGAAAACCUUAAGAAAACAAUGGCAUUUUCAAACCUGAAAAAAUUCAGUCUUCAUCACUGACUAUAUUUUGAUAGAUACAAUAUUAUUUAUGAACAAACAAAAUUAUUCAGAACUUAGCUUAAAAUAAUUAAAUGAUUCUAAAGUUGCAAGAUGUAUUAUGCGAAUUGGAUGGUAUUGUCAUACUAUUGCUGGAAAUUAUAAGAGUAGGCUAGAUAAUAAGUUACCAUGGUAUGAAAAUAUAUAAGAAAAUGUGAAGAGUUUGUUCAAUUGGAUAAGCGACUGAAUGAGAUGUGAAUUGAAUGUAUGGUUGAUUUUAGAUUGUUAUGUUCCAUAUGUUGUUACCAAAAAAUUAAGUUUGAAUACUUGACAAAUGUGACAUUCAGAAAUGCCAUAUAUAUUUUUCAUCAUAAAAGAAUAGCAUAUUUUGUGAAGAUAUGGAACACAUACUUCCAUGAGUUGAAUAUAAAUUUUUGAAAAAAAUGUUAUUUGAAGAAUUUUUGGAAAAAUGGAUGUCAUCGAAAAAUUUACUUAUAUGUAUGAUAAUACCAGACCCAUUAUUUAUCAUACAAGAAUAAUAAAUUUAUUUUAUGCUUACUUAGCUUCAUCAGAUUAUUUUCAAAAUUUAUUUAUUUACAAUGAACCUAAGGACAAAGAAACAAACUACAAUCCAAAACUUCUUUUCAAAUUGCAGUAUUUCUCAGUAUUACUUAGUCAAUGCGUUAAUAUACUUGGUAAUAAUUGUUAAAAAUUGAAGUGUUGAGAUUCAAAGAUAUAUUUGAGAAUAUACAUCCAUUAUAAGUCGAUCGCAGUGCAGUAAGGGGUUCGAAAACAAUAGGUAAUUUAUUUCAAAAGAAUCAAUUCACUCUAUAAAAGCGUAACAAUUUUCCUAUUACGAAUGAUACCCACAUGGGCGUUUUGUUUGUGCUUGGGUAAUGGAAAGUACGAGGGUGAUUUGAUGAAAUUAUCAAACGUCCAUGCCUACAGGUGGGAUUCGAACCAACGACCAACCAGUUAGCGCUAGCAGACGAAAACCGUGCCCACACUGAACAUAUGUUCGACAUACAUGCUCGGCAAACAUGUUUGUUGAGGGGCUCAGGGACAAACAUUUUAAAAAGUUUGGACAAUCAUUGUUUGUCAAACAAAAAAUUACUGUUUUCCAAGCAUUUUCAGUGCUUACUAUAAAACAUGAAAACCUGUGUACUCCUCACUUACAAUAUUUUGUUUGGUGACGCGUACACACUGGCCACGGGCAAACUUUGUUUGUCAAACAUAAUAAAAUUUGCCCAACUGUUCCAACAAACAUGUUUGUCAAACAUUGUUCAGUAUGGACACGGCUUAAAGGGUGCAAUGCCUUAGUCGUUUUGGUUAUAUUGGGAUGAGUUUUUUUCAAUCCAAAAUCUUAAGUUUUUUUUCUUGUAGCCCUUAAAUUAUUGUUUAUUAAUUAACAAAAUUGAGUGUGCCUAAUAUUGUUGUAUAGAGUUAUAACAAAACCCAAAUAAUUUGUGUUAGAUUUUGAUUAUUAAUAAUUACAAUAAUUAUUGAGUGGGUGCUUGAAUAGAACUGUAUCACUGUUUGUGAGAGAAAUUCUAAAUAGAAAUUAAUGUUCAUAUUAUAUUGGAAAAUUGUAAACUAAUAACUUCCACAAGCUGAAUGUUGUACUUCAAUUAGUGCUGUAAAUAGAUUUCAAAAAGUGUUAGCUUGAAUUAUAAAUGUGGGACGGGGUUGGAAAGUAUUAGUAUCAGUAAAGAUUAUUUUUUUAGAAAACCUACUGCAUUACAUGAAAAUAUUAUUUUAGAAUGAUGAAUGAAAUAUUCCUUUAAUCAAAAAAUGUCUGGAAGUCACAUUACACAUAGAAUAAUAUAAAUGUUGAGUUUGUCUUCACUAAAGUUACAUCAAUUAAAAAUUGAUACUACUCACAUGAGUUUGAUAAAUUAUAAAUAGUUCAAGGAAUAAGAAAUCCUUCAAGGAUGAAUAAUGGAGAAUCUAUUAAACCCUGCAUUAUUAUUAAAUCAACAAUACAUGAAUAUACAUCACCGAAUUAUAAAUUUAAAUUCAUUUCAAUUUACAACAUCACCAAGAGGAGAUGUCAACAAAACGCACAUAGUAGAAAUAAUGUAGAUAAAGGAAAUAACACAGGAAACCCUCAGAAAUUCUUCGGUAAAAAAUAUCCCACUUCUCUUUCAGGUCCAGUUCUUACUUAUAUUUAUGAAAUAAUACUUUUGACCUAUCAGCUUCCGUUUCUUAGAACCAUAUAUCACAUUAUGAAUUUAUUUAUUUAACAUUUUAUUUUGUAAUAGUAUUCUCCCAUGUUGUAAAUUUGUAUUGCUUUUAUUAUGUAUUUCUAAGAUGUUUUAAUUCUUUUAUUUCUGCCAAUAAAACAUUUUAAUUUUCAUUUUCAAUUUCCAAGUCGAAUAAUUGCCGAUAAAUAUACAGUACUGAUCAAUAUUUUAGUAAAAAAAAAAACAAGAAUGGAUGAAUUUGAAAAUCCAGAACUCAACAGAAGUUGAGUGAUUGUUUAUCACGAUCAACCAUUUAUUGUGCAGUUAAAUUAACCUACAUGCGUUAUGUUUCCAUUGAUAGGAUCCACACUCUUUAGGACCUAUACUACUUAUAUUAACCUUCCAUUGCAUGAUGAUCCAAUAAAAUACUUCUCAAAUCAUCAACUAGUUUAAAACUCAUUAUUUAAUGUAAUAAUUACAAUUGAAACCAGCUCAAACGUUAUCGAGCUUACAACAGGAUACGACUUUCUGGGUGGUUUAGAAAAAAAACGUUGAUUAGUAAUUAUUGAGAUAAUGAAUAAAUUCAGAUUGAAAUCAAAUGGAAAAUAUUUUUCAAUGCAAUAAUGAGGAUGAAUUCUUUGACAACUGUUAUUGAUAGUAAAUUGCGAAUCGAAAAAUAAUGAAAAUAUUCUGCUCUUAAACUAUAAAUCGAAAUUUGAUUUGAUCUACUAUUAAUGUUCCUUUGAUUUAUAAUAACUCAAUCCUAUUUCAAAAUGUUCAGAAUUUUGUAUUCAUUCGUUGAAAGGAGUUUCUAAAUGUGAUUCAUCAUUUAAUACAAUAUGAUUUUGUAGGAAAUUGCACAAUUUUAAGUUUAGGUAAUAGGUAUUCAAAAUUCAUUAUUAGACUUGAAAUAAACCGGAAAAGAGAAGGCUAUCAGAACAAGUAAUUAAAAAACUUCAUCCCUGAAUAUGAAAAUGAUUAUUGGAUUUGAAUAACGCGAAUUCAAAAUUAUCAUGGCUUUUUUAUACAUUCGACAGUAUUCAAUGGCAUUGAAGUUCAUACAAGAAUACAACAUAAAUUCUUUCAAACUAUUUGUAUCGCAACAUUUUAUUUUCAUUAAUCCUAUUGUGAAUACUUUCAGUAAUUAAAAAAUUCUGACAAACUGUAACAUUAUUUCAUUAUUAGCUUGUUGGUCUGAAUGAUAUCAUAAUGUGGGUGCUAUAUUUAAUGUUGAAAGAAUACACAUCUAUGUAAAAAAUGACCUUAGAUAUUUAUAGUAUUGUGCCUUGCGUUGUCAAGUUGUCAAAAUGUAACCAUGUCGAAUGAAGAGAUAGUUAUUAUGAAAUCCUGUUUAAUCGAUUAAUUUUUGAAUGAAAUGUAUCCCUUAGAUGUCUGUCUAACUUUGUUGUAAAUAAAUAACUAUACAAUGUUGUAAAA